GUGUAUAUAAAGAUUGUCAUCUUUCUUGUGCAUUGGCAUCGAGUGGGAGAUGGCAUCUUCUUCUUCUCCUCCUUCCUUGCUAUGCUUUUUGCUGUCAUGUUUCUUCGUUGUGCCAUUUGUCAUGGCCCACCCCGCGUGGCCUGUUGGAGGAAGCACCAGGUUCUAUGACUUCAAGGUGCAAACGACGAGGGUGACGAAGCUUUGCAAGAGCAAGGAGAUCGUGACCGUCAACGGAUUGUUUCCAGGGCCGGCCAUCACUGCUCAGGAAGACGAUCGGGUCAUCGUCAAGGUCACCAAUGAGAGCCCCUACAACGUUACCAUCCACUGGCAUGGGGUGAGACAGAGGUUGACUUGCUGGUCCGAUGGGCCUGCCUAUAUCACCCAGUGCCCGAUUCAGCCGGGUCAGACCUACACGUACGAGUUCACGUUGAUCCAGCAGAGGGGGACUCUGUUCUGGCACGCCCACCUCUCCUGGCUCCGCGCCACCGUCCACGGCCCUCUCAUCAUCUACCCCAAGUCCGGCGUCCCUUAUCCCUUUCCCAAUCCUUACGAGGAGCACACUCUCGUCUUUGGGGAGUACUGGCACAAAAAUAUACUGAAGCUGCAGAGAGAGGUGAUGGCCAGCGGCGGCGGCCCACCGCCGGCCAACGCAUUCAUCAUCAACGGCCACCCCGGGCCUCUCUACAACUGCUCUUCCACUGAUGUGUAUAAGAUCGACGUUAUCCCUGGUAAAACAUAUCUGCUCCGGCUAAUAGGCGCGUCCCUUAACAUGGAGCACUUCUUCGGCAUCGCCGGCCACAAGAUGACCAUCGUGGAGGCCGACGCCGACUACACCAAGCCCUUCACCGUGGACCGCCUCAUGAUCGCGCCGGGGCAAACCAUCAACGUCCUGGUGGAGGCCGACCAGAAGAUCGACACCUACGAUAUGGCGCUGGGGCCCUACAUGUCCGGAAAAAACAUCUCCUUCCAGAACAUCUCCGCCGUCGCGCACUUCCAGUACACCGGCGCCGAGGAGCUCAACGGUGAGUUCAGCCUCCCGGCCCUGCUCCCAGUCUACAACGACAGCCUCAUCGCGAACACCAACCUCCACUUGCUCCGCGGGCUCGAGGCCGCCGCCAAAAUCCCGCUGGAGAUCGACGCCAACCUCUUCAUCACCGUCGGGCUCAACGUGGAGAAGUGCCACUCGAAGCACCCCAACAAGAGCUGCCGGGGCCCCGGCGGCGGCGUCUUCGCCGCGUCCAUGAACAACGUCAGCUUCGUGAGGUCCAGCGUGUCGCUCUUGGGGGCCUACUACAACAAAAUCCACGGCUACUACACCGACGACUUCCCCGGCGUGCCGCUGAAGACGUAUGACUUCGUCAACGGCGCGCCCAACAACGUCCCCAACGACACGCAGUCGCUGAUCGGGACGAAGGUGCGCGUGCUGGAGUACGGCAGCCGAGUGCAGAUCGUGUUCCAGGAUACAGGGAUCGUGACCACCGAGAACCACCCCAUCCACCUCCAUGGCUACAGCUUCUACGUGGUGGGAUACGGAAUAGGGAAUUACAACCCCAUGACGGCCAAGUUCAACUUGGUGGAUCCGCCCUACAUGAACACCAUCGCCGUCCCUGUCGGAGGAUGGGCAGCCAUUAGAUUCGUGGCCGACAAUCCAGGGGUGUGGUUUAUGCACUGCCAUUUUGAUGUGCACUUGACGUGGGGAUUGUCGAUGGCGUUUAUCGUGAAGAACGGGGAGGGGCCCCUGAAGACUCUUCCGCAUCCUCCAGCUGAUUUGCCCAGAUGUUAAAAAUAUUUGAUAUAUCAUUGAAGAAUCAAAAUUGUUGUGUGUAUCAUGUUUCCUUACAAUUUUAAAGAAAGAAUUAAUGGUAAAUAAUCAAUUUUUUGUCUGAUUGA